CUCUCGCGGUGUGCCCAUUGGAACCCUGGGAAUUGCAGUUCCGGAGCGGCGCGCUUUGUCUUCUUAAGGGCAGACUACACAUCCGAUGAGCUCACCCUGAUCAUGCGCAGGCGUCGUAAAGAAUUUCUCCCUUACAUCUGGAACUGUGCGAGGGGGAGGAUCCGUUGGUUUAUAGGUAAAGUCGCCAUUUGGUCAGUCCGAAAUGGGAAGCGGCAACGAGUGAAUUUACUGGGAGUUCAUCUCCAUUUAAGUCUUUGAAUAAAGCAUCACAUGUGUGGAAUAUUUACUGAAGGAACUAUUGAGCCUGGACCGGACAUUAAGUUUGCCACCCGUUUGUGCAUCUUCUCGAGAGACAAACGUAUGAGGCAGGAACAGCCCUCCGCACUCCCCGUCGGCAAUCUCUUAUAUUCAAUGACGGCCUUCUCCAUGUCGCUGCAAGAUGGGUGGCGUGGAUAUGAUCGUCCCUGUUUGUACGCAUCAGCAGUGUUUGUGUUUCUGUGACAGUGUCUUGUUCUUUUCCAUUUAUAAAAGAACACCCCCUCUCCUGGGGCCUGACCCUGCGUGCUGUAAACUUCUUAAUUGCCUUUAAGUGACAUCCAGCCAGGGGCUCACCAGCAAACCCCAGUUCUGUCAGUUUUCUUUUUGUGCAUAUAGGCUUUCUUCACAUCUUGAGGCCAAAGCUGAGGUUUUAGCAUCUUUUUCUUUUUAUUUUUUGGCUUUUCUUAGUAAUUUAUUUCUGCCGUUUCUGCUCAUAAGCACACAUGGAAAAUAUGUCGGAAAACCCCAACAAGGUCGUGACUUUCCUGGCGCCCCCCCCUCCUCCCCAGAAGAGCAGCAAUGGCGCUAGCUCCGACACGCUUGUCGCCGAGAAGGUCGGCCCGGAGGUCCGGCGUCGUCGUCAUACCAUGGAGCGCGAUCUCAAGACUGCAGAGCACCGUUUUUUCCGCCGGAGCGUCAUCUGUGACUCUAACGCCACGGCCUUGGACCUCCCCAGCAAGGCCUGCUUCCUCACUUCCCCGCCUGACUGUGAGCUCAACGUUGUCCAGCAGGAUUUUCUCUCUGGCUUCUCUCUGGUUUCGGAACCUGGUACGUGUGUCAGAGAUGCGGUGGUCGGGGAGCUUGCGGAGGACGUUGCUGCCGACGACGGGCUGGCCGAGAGCCGGAGCACACAGCCCCUCCACUCUCACAGUGGAGAUAAGGAGCUUUCCUCUAGUUUACCUGAAGAGACAGGUCCGCCGGAGGCUCUGGAAAAGGAGCUUUUGACGGAAAAGCGGGAAGAGGAGGAGAAGGAGGCCGCUAAGGCACGGGCGGAGGCUGAACAGAGGGAGGAGGUGGAGACCAAAGCAGUGGGCACCUCUCCUGAUGGCCGCUUUCUCAAAUUCGACAUCGAGAUCGGACGUGGCUCCUUCAAGACUGUCUACAAGGGCCUCGACACUGAGACGACCGUGGAAGUGGCUUGGUGUGAGCUUCAGGACCGCAAGCUGUCCAAGUCGGAGCGGCAGCGCUUCAAGGAGGAAGCGGGCAUGCUGAAGGGCCUGCAGCACCCAAACAUCGUGCGCUUCUACGACUCCUGGGAGUCCCCCACCAAGGGCAAGAAGUGCAUCGUGCUUGUGACGGAGCUCAUGACCUCGGGGACCCUCAAAACGUACCUGAAGCGUUUCAAGGUGAUGAAGAUCAAGGUGCUGCGCAGUUGGUGCCGGCAGAUCCUGAAGGGGCUGCACUUCUUGCACACGCGUGCCCCUCCCAUCAUCCACCGGGACCUCAAGUGUGACAACAUCUUCAUCACGGGCCCCACGGGCUCCGUCAAGAUCGGCGACCUGGGCUUGGCAACGCUCAAGAGGGCCUCCUUCGCCAAGAGUGUCAUAGGUACCCCUGAGUUCAUGGCUCCUGAGAUGUAUGAGGAGAAGUACGACGAGUCAGUGGAUGUGUAUGCCUUUGGGAUGUGUAUGCUGGAGAUGGCCACCUCUGAGUACCCGUACUCCGAGUGUCAGAACGCGGCACAGAUCUACCGCAGAGUCACCAGCGGUGUGAAGCCCGGAAGCUUCGACAAGGUAGCCAUACCGGAAGUGAAGGAGAUCAUCGAAGGAUGCAUUCGUCAGAACAAGGACGAGAGAUAUGCCAUCAAAGACCUCUUGAACCACGCCUUCUUCCAGGAAGAGACAGGUGUGCGUGUGGAAUUGGCCGAGGAGGACGAUGGGGAGAUGAUCGCCAUUAAGUUGUGGCUGCGCAUUGAGGACGUGAAGAAACUCAAGGGCAAGUACAAGGAAAACGAGGCCAUCGAAUUCUCCUUCGACCUCCAAAAGGAUGUCCCUGAAGAUGUUGCCCAGGAGAUGGUGGAGUCUGGCUAUGUGUGCGAGGGGGACCACAAGACCAUGGCCAAGGCCAUCAAGGACCGCGUCUCGCUGAUCUGCCGCAAGCGGGAGCAGAGGCAGCUGGUUCGGGAAGUACAGGAGAAGCUGAAGAAGGAGGAGGAGGAGCAGAGGCAGGCCGAGGGCCAGAAGGCCCAGCCUCCUGGCCCAGCUCAGACUGAAGCGGAAGAGCUAGAGGUGGAGUUGCAGCAGCAGCAGGUGCAGGUGCAGGGACAACAACAGCAGCAGCAGCAGCAGCAGCAACAGCAGCAGCAGCAGCAGACUGCAAUGUCUAUGACAUCGACAGGGACAGUGGACAGCGGUCAAGGGGGCUCCUCUAUUUUCGCCGAGUCGCUCCUGGGCCAGUCAGGCAUGUCGUACAGCUCCACCACCAGCCAGCUGCCAUCACAGCAGCCGGCCCCGCCGCAACAGCAGCAGGCUCCGCCCUCCGUUCAGGGCUCCUACCAAGGCUCCACCCCCCAGCUGGGCCUGCCCCAGCAGUCAGCGCCUCAGCUGCCUCCGCACGGUGCCUACCAGCAGCAGCCAAUGCCGCAGUCUGUGACUCAUCCAUACAGUGCAGGAGUCCCACCUCAACCGGAGACCCCCUUAUUUUUCCCCGCCAUCCCGGAGCGGCCCGUCUCCUCCUCGCCGCCGCCGUCCGCCCCCCCCAAAACGAUCAGUGUUCUGCGUCGCAAGAGCACCUCUGUGCUGGAGGCCCACACGCACCACUUUCAGGGCUCUUACCGCGCCUACGGUAGCAGCGGACCCACCGUGGUUGGGCCGGAGUCGCAGGGAGGCGGGCCGGACGUCCCCGGGCUGCUGGUGCCAGGUGUGGCGGCCCAGCCUGUCCUGGAGCCCCUGCACCAUCAGGGCCAGCUGGAGCCGCACUAUGGGUACCAGGAUGCGCGAGUGGACCCCUACGAGGCUGCGGCGUACGCCGGCUACCCCGUCACCGUGCAGCAGCUGAGCCAGAUGCAGGCAGCGGCCGUGUUCGAAGGCUCCCAGCCGUCCGUACCUUUCUUGCACCCUCACGGGUCGGGUCACAUGCGCGCAAACCCUGGCUCUGUCCUGCCUUUGGCACCGAUGAGCACCUCCGGACCCAUCCUGGAGAGCGGCCCCUCGGACGCAGCCUACCCACAGCAGCCCAUUCCUCACUCUGCGCCCCCCGUCCUCACUCACUCCGGGGAGCCCGUGCCCAGCAGCGUCUUCGAGUUUCACGUGCACGGCCUGUCUGGCGAGCCGAGCCCCCUGGCCUCCAGACUGUACCGGGCUCGCCGCGGCUCCAUGGACCUGAGCUUGGAGGAGGCGCCCUGCACACCGGGGCCAUGCGGCCGCCUGCAGCCCGUCACGGAGGAGAUGUACAGCUACAUGAGCCCCGAGCUGCCCCUGCCUCCGGGGAACCUGCUGCUACACGGUGUGAAGGACCGCAGCCCCGAACCGUCCAGCGACUCGGUGGUUUCCUCAGACACGGGCGAGUUCCACUCCCCGCCACCGAACGCCGGCCGCCCCACCAUCGAAGCCUCUCCGGCUCGCUCGAUUCCACACGCCCAUCACUAUGGCGCGGACACUGGGGGCACAGCUACGGGUGCCCACCCUCCCAGCCAAUCUGCCUUUCUGUUCGUGCCGCCCUCGGAGGCCCCUGGGAUGGUGGUGGCCUCCCCCAUGAAUGCGCUACACAGCAGCUGGGCCCGGCAGCCCCCCUUCAAGCCCGAUCUGUCUUACCAUGAGUCCUUCCUGGGCCUACAGGGCUCCACCUUGCAGUCUCAGACCGCCAGAGUCCAGCCUGCCAGUGGUCUCCCCAUGGCUCCCAGCUCCUUGCCCGGUCCCAUCCCCCCUCAGCAGUACGGAGGUUACUACGUCCCGUCCAUCCCUCCGCAGGUUCCUCCACAGCAAACUCCUGUGCCCCCUCUGUCCUCCCAGCCUGCAGCUCCUGUUCCCCUGCAGCAGCAGCCUGUCCCCACCGCGGUGCAGAGCUCCUCGCAGAGCCAGAUGCUGCCCAGUGCUCUGCCCACACAGGUGGGCUUCCCUCCGCCAUCAAUCCCGCCGACAGUGGUGCCCAGCCAGCCUCAGCAGCCGGCCACUGUGGCUCCGCCCACCGUCCCACAUGUCUCCCUGACCCAACCUCAGCAGCCGCCAUUGGCCGUGGUCAGCACAGGCCCCGCCUCCACUGAGCCGCCUUUUCUGACAGGAGACGCCCCUCUCCAGUGUCCUCACAUCCUGUUGCAGCCACCCCAAACUACGCAACCUUUGCCAUCUGAACAAGCACAAGCACAGGUGCCCCAGGUCCUGUCGUCCAUGGAGAGUGGGCUUUCCGACGUGGCCUCUGGUAUGAGUGACAGUAACGAGGGUGUUUCCACCACCGGGGGUAGGCAUGAGGGCCGCUCCGCCAAGCGCCAUCAGCGCCGCUCGGUGCGCAGCCGCUCGCGCCACGACAAGAUGGCCAAAGCUAAGCUGGUGGUGCUGAAUAUUUCCAACAUCGGCGACCGGGUCGCCGAAUGCCAGUUGGAGACGCACAACCGGAAAAUGGUGACUUUCAAGUUCGAUCUGGAUGGCGACAACCCAGAAGAAAUCGCGCAGAUCAUGGUCACGAGCGAGUUCAUCCUGGAGUGUGAGCGGGAGUCGUUCAUCGAGCAGGUGCGUGAGGUAAUCGAGACGGCGGACGAGAGGGGGCUGGAGCGAGAGGGGAUGAAAGAUGGCAGCGGACAGGUGGCGAGUGACCUGGUCCAGCAAACGGCCCCCAGUUCCGGCCCACUCCUCCCAGGCGACCCCUCCAGCGCUAUUGCCCAGGUGGUGCAUUCUGCGGGUCGCAGGUUCAUCGUCAGCCCAGUGCCAGAGUCCCGGCUCAGGGAGCAGUUCUUCACGGCCACCUCUGCUCCGCCCCCCAGCGAGCCUGCUGCUAGAGCCCCCCCUGUGCCGGGCCUGUCCCACUCAGCCUCCACGGUGAGCCUUCAGCAGGCCUUCUCUGAGAUGCGCCAGAGCCAGUUUGACCCGGGACCCAGCACAGCCCCGGCCGCCAUGCACAUCACCAUGCCAGCGCUGGUGCCCAGCAUGCCCAUUGGGGCUGUGAGUGCGCCCACAGGGCCGCUGCUUUUGGAUGCUGCAGUGGCUGUGAGUGCUGCCCCGGUCUUGCCUGCUGGCAUGGCACCGCAGGUUCAGGUUUCAGAGUCUGGUCCCGUCCCCGUGCCAUCAGUGUCCCUGACCCCGCCUGCUUCCUCCUCGCCCCCUCCCACCAUCCACCAGACCCCCACGGUGCUGUCUCAGCCCGUGAUCCCCUCCACGGUGCCCGCCUCCCAGCCAGCUGUGGUUAUGACUCCAGUCCCUACAGUUUCUUCGACAUCGCCUCCUGCGAUGCCCCAGCCUGUCCCCGCCUCUAUCGUGCCCCCCUCCACCUCCUCCCCGCCGAGCUCGCUCUCCGGGCCCGUACCGGUCAGCUGCUCGGUGCCCGUUGCCCUGCCGCCUUCCGCUCCCUUGCCUGUGGUUGGGGGAGAGGGCACAGUCAGCAUGGAGCAGCCCCUCGUUCCACAGCCCGGUUCAAUGGCUCUGCCCCCCGCCGUAUCCUCUACGGGGGUCCCCACCGUGCAGCCCACGCUGGUUCAUGCCCAGCCCCAGACGGCCAUCGUGCCAAACCAGGGUCACACCCACUGUGGCGAGUGUGAGGCUGAUCUCCAGGGCAAGAUGCCCGGCAUUGAAGAUAUCCAGGCCCUGGACAAGAAGUUGCGUUCCCUGUUCAGUGACCUCGGCUCCGGCCUGGCCACAGCAGCCACCGACCCAACCAUGGAGAUGUCCACUCUGUGCACCACGUCCCCAACCGGUACCAGCUCCACCCCCACUGCCACUGGGGCCCCUAUGCCCCCCACCAGUCUGCCCCUGGGGUCUGCUGUACCGGCAUCCUCCACCCCCAUGGCGACCCCAGGGCAGGCGGCCACCCCAGCCAAGGCCCCUCUGGCCAGAGUACCGGUGUUGCCUGUCGGCUCAGAGCAGACUGGCACCCCAUCCACAGAGCAUCUACCACCCUUCCCAGGACCCUGUCUAACUCAGUCCCAGCAGCCUCUGGAAGACCUGGACGCACAGCUCAGACGAGCCCUGAGUCCCGAGACAGUCCCGCCGAGCUCAGUAAUAGGCCAGUCGUCAGUGACAGGAAUGCCCUCUGGUGGACAGCCAGUGCCGUACCCCCUGGCGGCGGAUGGGGAGCACUCCCCAGCAGCGGUCCCGGCUGGGGGGGUAAUUGUGGGACGGUUCCAGGUGUCGUCUGUGGCUGCUGAUGAAGUCUCGCUCAGUCCAGCCCACCCUAAUUUAUCGGACGACUCCUCUUCCACCUCAUCCUCCACCACCUCCCGUUCUUCAUCCUCGUCCUCCUCGUCAGUGCUUUCCAGCCCCGAGAGCACGCUGCACAAGGCCACUGGCCCUCUGAUGGGGCCUGCUGGGGACACGGUGGAUGGCCUUCCCUGCCGGGGGGGCCCGUCCAGCGAGGUCGUUCAGCCCGCCAUCAUUGGCCGCUUCCAGGUCACGACUGAGGCUGGCACGAAAGUAGGCCGCUUCUCUGUGAGCCGGGCCCAGGACGAGCAGAGACAGCCCAACGGGCCAGCACUGAGCCCGGAGACCAAAGGUUCUCCUCCUAGCCUCAUGAACAGCCUAAACUCCUAUGUCAGCAGUGACAAUGACUCUGAAUUUGAGGACGAGGACUUCAAGAGGGAGGUCAACCGGCUGCGAGACAAACACAUGAAGGAGAUCCAAGCCCUACACACGAGGCAGAAAGAGGAGAUUGAUGCCCUCUUUGCCAGGCUGGGAAAGGUGCCGCCCCCGGCUGUGGUUGUGCCCCCCGCUGUGGCAUUAGCUAGCCGCAGGAGGCGACCCACCAAGGGCAAGGGCAAUAAGGGCAGCCGGGCCAACUCCCAGGGUAGCCGGAGCCCCUCACAACCAGGCCCCUCGGCUGCGCUGAGUGCCCCUUCGGUGCUCCAGCCCCAGCAGACGCUGCAGCCUCCAGGGGAGCAGCAGGAGAUGGGGAGCAGCCCCCUGCUGCAGCCGCUGAAGACCUCGCCCUCCAGCGAGAACCUGUGCUCCACCUGCACCAGCGAGGCUGCUCUGUCUGUGCCCAGCCUCUGCGGCCCCACACAAGGCUGCGUUAAGUUCAGCUGUGGGUCGGAGAGAGUGACCUUCAAGCCAGGUGGCAGAAGGACCCGAUUUCUGAGUACGCCCUGCUUGGCUCUUUGGAAGAUGGUGAAAAAAGUGUGCCCCUGCAACCAACUCUGUAGGACAAGCAGCACUAACACAGUGAGUGGGCCAGGACAGGGUCAGAACCAGAACCCAUUGCCUGCCACCCUGCCCCAGAGUCGCAAGGGCACUUUUACGGAUGACCUGCACAAGCUGGUAGAUAAUUGGGCCAUUAGCCUUUCACAGGGCAAGAAGAGCUCCAAGCAGACGUCGCACCCACAGUCGGCCUCUCAGAGCCACUCCUAUGAUGGGAUUCCCCCAGUCAAUAUCGGACGCAAGUUUUCUGCCCCGAGCCAGCUGUGCCCCACCGUGGCCUCCACCUUGAGUGGACAUACAGCACUAUCCGGGUCCCGUAAGGGUUCCCUGUGCCCCAUGCCAACCUACAGCUAUCCCACUGCACAGUUUGGCGCACCCCAGUGGACAGGCCCUACCACACACUCGCAGACCCUGAGCCAGCUCCAGCCAGUGGCCCCAGGAUCCCUGCAAAGCUUCCCCAUCAACACCUUGCAGAAUUCGGUCAGCAACUCUGGUGGGCCCAACCUGAGGACAACGUAGUGCCUGAGGGCACACUGGAGCAGGGCAGAGUCAGGCUGGACUGAUUGACAUUGGAAGGGGGGGCAGAAUCGAGCACUGCUGGACUGAGCUGGCAUCAGUGGCUUCUGUUUAGUAAUUUAAUUUUUUUCUUUUCCUUCAGACAAGUGGAAAUGGGUAUCAGAAAGGAGGUAUCAGGUGUGAUGGGUGUAAGCAGACCACAUUGCUAUCUGAGGCUCUUUACUGCUUUUCUUUCUUUCGUUUUUUUCCCUUUAUGCAGGAGUAUGCCAGACGCGUGUACGUCAUCUUUCCAGAAACUUCUGUCCCUGAUUGGUGCAGCAGGAAGUGUGGUAGCACAAAAAAAACAAGCUCACAGACACAAGGGUGCAAUUUUUAGGGGCCAAAGACUGUGCAACAAAGACUGUUGAAAAGCCCCAUUAGCAGGGAAGGGUGGGGAGGAGUUUGGAAUGUUUAUUUUCUCCCGAAUGGCUGGAACAGGCAUGCAGAUUGCAACCUGUUUUCAGCGGGCUGACGUGUCGCCCUAGGUAACCCUGUGAUUCAUUCGUUCCAUUAGCAGGUAGCUGACAGAGGCCCCGCGGGCAGGUUCAUGCCCUCCAUUAGCAGGUAGCUAACAGAGAGAAUCCCCGCGGGCAGGUUCAUGUCCUCCAUUAGCAGGUAGCUAACAGAGAGAAUCCCCGCGGGCAGGUUCAUGUCCUCCAUUAGCAGGUAUCUGACAGAGGCCCCAUGGGCAGGUUCAUGCCCUCCAUUAGCAGGUAGCUAGCAGAGAAAAUCCCCGCGGGCAGGUUCAUGCCCUCCAUUGGCAGGUAGCUGACAGAGGCCCCGCGGGCAGGUUCAUGUCCUCCUUUAGCAGGUAGCUGACAGACCCCGCGGGCAGGUUCAUGCUCUCCAUUAACAGGUAGCUGACAGAGGCCCCACGGGCAGGUUCAUGCCCUCCAUUGGCAGGUAGCUGACAGAGGCCCCGCGGGCAGGUUCAUGCCCUCCAUUGGCAGGUAGCUGACAGAGGCCCCGAGGGCAGGUUCAUGCUCUCUAGUGGCCUCUGGUCAGUGUCAAUGCAUCUCAAGGAGACCUGGAGUCUUCUUCGCUGCUUGACCCUCCUGUUGCCAUUUGAUGCAAUAUUUAGGGUAUUGCCCAUUUUUUAAAAACAUGUAAAAGUGGCCUUCAUUUAAAGAAAUCCAUGUACAGUUUUUUUAAAUAAUGUAUUUAUACCCUUGCCCCCCCAGCCUUGAUUACUAUUCCAUAAUUUUUGGAGAGGCCCCCUCCACCUGUGAGCUGAACCCCUUUCCCAUUGUCUGCUGCACACGGGAGGGGGAGGGGAAGCCCACGGGGGAUGAUUGCUUUGAUUCUCAGCUUCUACUGGAGGGAUUCAAAUGCUUAGUCUGUGGGUGGGACCAGGAAGGUGACUCCCCUCCCCCGGGGUGUGUCUGACCAGCUGAAGUAUGAAAUCGUGGAUUUGCUUAGGUGGGGGUAAAAAAAAUAAAAAAUUAAAAAACAGGAGGAUCGGUCCUGUAGAGCUGUGUUUCUCAAACCAGUUCUAGAGCACACCCAGAUAUUCAACAUUUUUUGCUUGCGGUAGGGAGCAAAAAUGUGGACCGUCUAGGGGUCCCUGAGGGUUGGCAGGUUGGGAAACACUGUUGUAGAGGCUGUCAAUAAUUUCCAAGUAUGAAUAUGAAAUGAAGGGUUACUCUGUUAGCACAUCUCUCCCAUCUGGCCAAGCAGAAGGAAGGUAUAUGGGAGGUCAUCCCAAGGUCAUCAGCUGCAUGGUGUACAAAAUCCUGGUGCCUCUGCACACAAUGCUUUCACAAGGCUGUUUAAGCUUUCAACGUAUGAUCUUACUAAUGGUAUCAGCUUUUGUAAUCUCGACUGCGCUAGGGCCUCUUUCGAUAGUUUGAUUGAAUUGUAUAUUAAAAAAGUGUUCUGUAUGGACCUCUAUCUACCCAUCAGUUUUUGAUGUUGAAACACUGUGAUUAUUAAAUGUUGUUGGGCAACAUUAGUUAAAAACAAAAAGCAAAGUGGAAGUUGGAGGGUUAUUAUUAAUAGACUAAAGUAAGGCUAGCUAUUUCAUUAUAUUGUACUUAUUUGAGACACUUUAACCUUUUUUCCUUCGUACUUUCUUUAUAUUAGAUAAAUGUGAAUGUAAAAAAAAUGGUUUCAAUGUACUUGAAUAACCUGUCUCUCCCUUCUCCCAUUGCCCCAGUAAGCUUGCUGGAAUUUUAUAGUGCCUUGCAUUUGUUUAUUUGCUUUGGAUUGAACAUGGAGUAGUGAGCCCUGACGCUAUGUGCUUUCAUCAAGUGCUUAAGCGACCCUAUGGAUCGAGCUUGAGGAUUAGGUACACACCAAGGGGGUGGCAUUUAUUUUUGGUGCCUUUUUAUAAGUUGUUUUUCUUGACUUGGAGUUAAUUGAACAUUGAAAUGCUGGAAUGGAUUGUAUUGAAUUGUACUGAAGUUUUGGCCGCUGCUUGUGCAGAGGGCGUGUGCCCCUAUGCUCAGCACCUCACUGUAUGUUUGGCGCGGGCGGCUAAAACAUUCACAACUGUAAUGUCUGUUGGGAUUCUGACACCCCUUCUGUUAGCAUUGGACGUCGAGCUCUAAAGUCUAAAACUGGCAGUUCUGACAAUGAAGAUGCGGUUCCUAAAUGUAGCAUUCCCAUUUCUUAAGAGCAGGUUUCUGGUUUUUUUUUGUUAAAAAACUUGCAGUGAUCAUAACGAUGCCGACCCCACCCCCCACAACAGCACAGAGAGCCUGGUGUUGAACAGAAAGAGAUGCGAGUCCCAUGAAGGUUGCUGAGGAAGUGAGAAGCGGCUUAUGUGAAUGUGUGUAGAUACAGUGGUGCAUUGCAUAGCACUAAACAUGAUUUGGGGGCUGUUUGACCCCCACGGAGACAUCUCCAUCCACUCCCCUGGAGACUGCUUAUACCCUUGAGCAUAGAGGAUGGAGGCACGGAACUGUGUGGUCUCCUGUACAGUGCUGUGACGGCAGUAGAAAAAGUACAGAUUAGUUGUAGGAUCAAAGGAGAUGGAUGUGGUAGGACCUUCAACACAAGGCUCAGGUGCAAAGUCUGUUCAAUGUUCAUUCCAGACCACAGGAGGCCCAGAGCUUACUCUGAGUGUGCUCUCAACUCCACCCCUAUCUGCUCUCUCUUCACAUUGAAACCGCUAUGGAUUGUAGAUCAUCAUCUCCUCUCACAAAGUAGUCUGUCAAUACUGCUAAACGCUUCUGUCGUUUCAUUUCUGAGUCGUGUAGUUAAAGCGUUUUGGAGUUGAAAUUGCUGCAUCUUGUGUUAUGGUUUUUCUGUCCCGGCAGGAGCGGGAGGUGGUCGUGGUGUCCUCGGACACUCUGCCCUUUGCCAGUCUCUGCGCCAUCUCUCCCUCAUGCUGAGGCAUGCAAGUGCCAGCAGGGAAGAGACUAAUCCUAUUUGAGAACUCCUGUCCAGACGUAACCCUUUUUAAAGAGGUAGAUGAGUUGUGGGCAGGAAGGAGGGCAGGCUUUCAAAAGCAACUGAGCCUUCUAUUGGAUGUUCCCAGGCCUGGCUGAGUGUGCUACCUUCCUGUCUUGUCUCCUAAUUGCAGAGCAAAAGGUUCAGAUCUGCACAGAAAUCGAAAGAGCACAGUUACCAUGCAUUUUGUGGUUUUAACACUUGUCACCUUAACUACUGAUAGCUUACAAAGACUGCUAAAUGUAAAGCCUGUUCUUACUCCUUAGCCGUCCCAGUAACUUGUCAGGUACAGGAAAGUUUUUCACUUGAAUCUUUAUAUAAACACAGAUGCUCAGCAGUUGUCUUUGGAUAGCAGUUGGUGUUCUGGAUAUUUAUAUAAGUAGCUUUUUUUUUCUUCUAUAAAAUAUUUCAUUGCCCAUUUGAAAGAUGGUUUUCUUCAGAAUGAAAUCUAUUCAGUAUUACGGUUUGUUGAAGCUGUGAAGAGGAAAGCAUUUUUAAAUACUUUUUUCCUCCUAAAAAACCACAUUUAAUGCUACCAAUGCAGUGCCAUUGCCCUGACAAAAUGACUUAAUUGAAAUCUCUUGUUUACUACUUGAUGACAGAGGCUACAGUGCAUCAUAUGCAAUGUUUGUUGGUGGUACAGUGGUAAAACACCACUUUUUUUUGUUACUUACAGAGGAGGCAACUUGCUGAAUUAGUGUAUAUUAUUGUCUGAAUGCAGAUACAUGUUUUUAAUCCAAUUGCCUUUCUGUAAGGAAUGCUCAGCAAAAGUGCCGAUAUGUAGAGAUCCUAUUCAGUACAGUAACACAAACACCAGGUUUCAAUCAAAAUGGGUUCAUUCAUCUUAAACUGCAUGUGCUUGUUCCUCACUGGUUAUAGUCUCACCUGGAUCUUAAAUAAAUGACACUUUUUUGCCAUUUGCCCUCCUGUGGAAAAAAAAAUACAGAACAAUACUGUUACUUAGUGCUACUGACCUGUCAUUAAGUUAUUUUGUACUACUAUAUGAUUUGUUACUCUGUGUCUCUAGGUCCUCUAGUGACUAAGUAAAUGGUUUCCAUAUGCUAUUUAACAUUGUACAAAAUCUUCAAUAAAAUUUUCAAAAGUACCAAAAA